AAGCCACCGAUGACCCACGUGCUCCGCGCUUCGUCGUUUUUUCUCCUUCGCUGCUCCUCCUCCUCCUCCUCCUCCUUCGGUUCCUCCGUUAUCCGAAGAAGUCUUCCAAGGCGUCGUUUCUUUGCCGCAAGCGUUCCCAAGAUGGCCAAGUGGACGUAUCCGUCGGUGAGACGCGACGACUCCGUUACGGACGACCACUUCGGAAGGAGCGUUCCUGAUCCGUACCGCUGGCUGGAGGACCCGGACUCCGAAGAGACGCGAGCGUUUGUUGCAGCGCAGAACGAGAUAACCCAGCCCUACCUUGCUACCUGUGAAGCCAGGGACAGAUUCAAAGACAGGUUAACGGAGCUAUACAACUAUCCGAAAUACUCGGCGCCAUUCAAAAGAGGCUCCCGAUAUUUCUAUUUUAUGAACACUGGCCUUCAGAACCAGAGUGUCCUAUAUGUGCAGGAGAGUCUUGAAGCGGAGCCGGAGGUAUUCCUGGACCCAAACUCUCUCUCAGAGGACGGAACUGUUGCCCUCUCCAUCCGCUCCUUCAGUGAGGACGGAGAGCUCUUCGCAUACGGUCUCAGCGAGAGCGGGUCCGACUGGAACACCAUUGAGGUGAUGCGAGUAUGUGACAAGACACUUUCGGAAGACAAGCUAAAAUGGGUCAAAUUUUCUAGUAUUGCCUGGACCCACGACAACAAAGGCUUUUUCUAUCAGGUACAUUCACAUAUGCAAUUG